AGAAUAUAACUCUUGCUUCACGUCCACCUUUCUUCCAAAUACAUUCAUCCAUCUAAUAUCAUGACUGCUACUCACCCAGACAAGAAAGUAUGUGUCUUCUGCGGUUCUUCAUUCGGUAAGAAGGCCGUUUACGCUGAAAUGGCUACCGAAUUAGGAAAGGCAUUUGCCAGCAGGAACUGGGGUUUAGUCUACGGUGGCGGUUCUACAGGUAUCAUGGGGGCUGUCGCCCGUGCUUGUGCUACAUCUGGUGGUUAUGUCCAUGGUAUUAUCCCAGAAGCUUUGAUCACCAGAGAAAGAUCAGAUAGCGAGACUGUCAACAACAAGUUGAAGGAGUCAAUAGAUAACCACGAUGGUUCCACACCAAUUCCAGACUCCAAGGAGUACGGGAAGACCACUUUGGUCAAAGACAUGCAUACCAGAAAGAGAUUGAUGGGAGAAGAAUCGGACGCUUUUAUUGCAUUGCCUGGUGGCUACGGUACAUUAGAAGAGUUGAUGGAGGUGGUUACUUGGUUUCAAUUGAACAUACAUAACAAGCCUAUUGUGGUGUUCAACAUGGAUGGUUUCUACGAUAACUUCUUGAAGUUCAUCGAAGACUCCAUCGACAACGAAUUUGUUAGUAGCAAGAACGGUGAGAUCAUCAAGGUAUGCAACACGGUUGAAGAAGUCUUCCAGGCUAUUGAAGAAUACAAGAUCCCAGAAGGUAGAUUUAACUUGAAGUGGGAAUCUACAUAAUCUUAACUAACAACAUCGGCAUUUAUAUCUAUACGAGUGAGUUUUCAAAAGUCCUUGCUUACUUGCACACCUUUCAUUUUAUCUUUGUCAAGGGGCCAGCUAGUCUAAUUCAUGGAAAUUCCAGAUUAAUAUAAUUCUAUUUAUAAUAUCUCUCGUCUAUAGUCAAUAAACACAAAAAAAUUAU